UCAAUAGCAAAGACCAGAGGGUCAGAAGCAGGAGGCAGAGAGAGGAAAACGGAGAAAGAUCACAAAGUUGAUGAUGAAGACGUUGCUGGUGCUGUACCUGUGCCUCUAUGUCACCUGGGCUCAGGAAGUCUUAGAAUACGACGACUACGACCCCGACAACAAGGCGGCAGCAAAGAACACCACAAGCGAAGGAUCAGCCGUUGAUGCUCGAGGUCAUCGGCCGGUCAGCAGUGGCAGAGAUUCGUACAGCCCAAACCGAUACGCCCCUCCACCAAUCACCUCAGGCCAGAGGUACCGCGGUCGGCCCACCCCAGCUCCCGUCGGCAGUCAGGUGCAGGAGAAAGAGGAGCAGCCUGAUGCGGGAGGAUGUACGCAUGCUUCAGAGGCCUUGGGUGCUUUGUGUCCGACUGGCUGCGAACUGAAAAACGCUCUGCUGAAGCAGGAGAAGAACGUCAAAGCGGUUAUUGUUGAACUCAAGCCUCAGAUUGAGGAAUUGUCCCGCUCGUCAAACAACGUCUACAACUACGUCAACGGCAUCUCCAACUCUCUGAGGGAGAGACAGCGUGUCUUCGACAACAACAACCAGGCGGUGAGUCAGUACACCGAUCAAGUAGAGGAACAACAUGCCUACAUCAAAGAGACCGUCGACACGAUCUUCCCCUCCAACAUCAGAGUGCUACAGGGGGUGCUAGACAAGAUCAGGCUGAAGAUCCAGAAGCUUGAAAAGGCUAUCCUGUCCCAGAAUGAGCAGUGCAGGGAUCCGUGCAUAACCAAGUGUCCGAUACCGGUGGUUUCUGGUAAGGAGUGUGAGGACAUUUACCGGCGUGGAGGACGAGACUCCCAGAUGUAUCUCAUCCAGCCGGAUCCAUUGUUCCCACCGUACAAGGUCUUCUGUGAUCAGACCUCCCAGAAUGGAGGAUGGGUCCUUAUCCAGAACAGGCUUGAUGGCAGCGUUGACUUUGGCCGCCGAUGGGACGAAUAUCGCCGUGGUUUUGGAAACAUCGCUUUUAAAUCCAGCAAACGUUUCUGCGAGACUCCUGGUGAGUACUGGCUGGGAAACGACCGCAUCAGCCAUUUGUCCAAGAUGGGCCCCACUGAGGUUCUCAUCGAGAUGCAGGACUGGACAGGAGCCAAGGUCUAUGCCCAAUACCAGCAGUUCACCAUCCAGACAGAGACUUCCAACUAUGUGAUGGCCGUCAAUGGUUACUCUGGUAACGCUGGCAACUGCUUCCUGGAAGGAGCUCUGGAGCUGUAUGGAGAAAACCGCACCAUGACCAUUCACAACGGCAUGAUGUUCAGCACCUACGACAGAGACAACGACAACUGGACGCCGGGCGAUCCCUCCAAGCAGUGCGCCAGGGAGGACGGAGGUGGCUGGUGGUACAACCGCUGCCACUCAGCCAAUCCAAAUGGGCGAUACUAUAUAGGCGGAGCCUAUACGUCAAAAAUGACAAAGCACGGCACAGAUGACGGUGUGGUGUGGAUGAACUGGAAGGGCAGCUGGUAUUCACUGAAGGCCAUCAGCAUGAAGAUCAGACCUUUCUAUGCCUCCAGAUAAUCAUGCAAAAGGGGCGGGCACGUGCAACACAAACAGGAAACUGCCAAAAUAAAAGACCAGCAGAAGAGUUUUCAUCAAGGGAUCAAAAUCCGUAGUUGAUUUGGUAGAAAUAAUAAUAUGGUAAAAAAAACACAUGCAUAUUUAUACACAACUGAGUUUUAAAAAAAUGGUGUAAAAGGUUUUAUUCUUAUAUAAUAAAAAUAUUUUCAAAAGGUCAUAUUCUUCAAAAGAGGAGAAAUCAGAUUUGUUGUGAAAACAUAUGCUGUGAUUUAUCUUGUUGUGCGUGGCGACGUCGUUUGCAUUAAAGGAACAGUGAAUAAAACUGUCCUGCGCUACUCAAUAAACACAUUGAGGAACCU